UACAGAACUAGAGAUGAAAAUAUUCUUAAAGAUUGUCAUAUUGUGGUAGAUGUUGGAGGCUGUUAUAAUCCUGAUAAACAUAGAUAUGAUCAUCAUCAAAGAUCAUUUAAUGAAAGUAUGAAUAGUCUAUGUGGUGAUAAACCUUGGGUUACUAAACUUAGCAGUGCUGGUCUUGUUUACUUUCAUUUUGGUCGUGAAAUUAUUGCAACAAUUACUAAAGAUGACUGUAAUAGUGAGAAGACUUCAGUUAUAUUUGAUCGGAUGUAUGAACAUUUUCUUGAAGAAAUUGAUGCUAUUGAUAAUGGUAUUUCAACUCAUGAUGAACCUGGAAGGUAUCUUAUAACAACAAAUUUGAGUUCAAGAGUGAAGCAUUUAAAUCCACCUUGGAACUGUGAAGAUCAAGAUACUGAUAAAAUUUUUCCUUCUGCAAUGGAAUUAGUUGGUUCAGAAUUUGUGGACAAAGUCUUAUUUUACAAUAAUGUUUGGUGGCCAGCUAGAGAAAUAGUUCAGAGUGCAAUUAAAAACAGAGAAGAGGUUGAUUCUAGUGGAGAAAUUAUUGAUUUAAAAAAUGGUGGUUGUCCUUGGAAAGAUCAUCUUCUAACUCUUGAAGAACAGCUUUCAAUAACUCCAUCAAUUAAAUUUGUUAUUUAUACAGAUACAAAUGGAAUGUGGAGAGUUCAGUGUGUCCCAGUUAGUAUUGGAUCCUUUGAAAACAGGUAA